CACAGUUGAGUGAUCAUCACAGUCAACAUGAAUAUAUCCGGGAGCGCUCCCUUUGGGAACGACUAUAUCCCACACCCCCACCCACGGCUUCACACGGCCGACAUCGGGAUCUUCAAAUCGACCAUCCUCCCCUCCUUCACUCUCCACACGACUCUCGACAUCGCUGCCUUUAUCGCAUCCAAGGCUACCGACCGCGCCGAAAUCAAGGACUGGUGCUGGCCGUCUAGCCAAGUUAUCAACGCCUGGUGGAGCGCCAUCGGACACCAAGUCUACUACCAUAAUAUCUCGCCGCAAACUGCCUGGUCGACUCUCUCUUGGACGGAAAAGGUGCUCUUGACUUGUGUUACGGUUUGGGGUACUCGGCUUUUUACUCGCAUCGCUUCUCGGACUAUCACCCGCGGCAAGGAUGACCCGCGCUAUGACCAGCUGAAGAAGGAAGACCCUAAUGGGUUCUGGACCUCGGCUCUGCUCAAGCAGUAUCUCCCUGAGGCGGCUUUCCUCACCCUGAUUGCCCUGCCCUUCACCGUGCCAUUCCGGUUGACUUCCUCGACGUUGUCGCUGGACAGCGAUGUCCAGUCUGUCGUCCGGGCAAUUGGUGUCGCACUCUUCGGCGCUGGAUUCGCCAUGGAGGUUAUGGCCGAUGCGCAGCUCGAGAUGCACCGUCAGGAACGGACCGAUCUGUGCAAGCACGGCGUGUGGAGUAUCGUCAGACACCCCAACUACCUCGGCGAUACCCUCGUCCACAUCUCCUUCGCCGUGCUCAACAUUGCCAACAACUUCAACCCGAUCGUCCUACUCGGUCCCCUGACCAACUACUUCUUCCUCCGCUUCGUCGGCGGCGACCGCCAGACCGAAGCCAGCCAGGAGACACGGUACCGCACUGAGGACCUGCACAAAUACGAGCAGCUGCAGAGUUGGCGCCGCGAGAAGAACAGUUUUUGGCCCGGUCUCACCGAGGUAGUGAACCCCUGGACGUGGGUGGUUCUUGGAGCGGGCGUGCUGGGCGUGGUCGCAGAAGAAGGUAUUCGGGGCUGGCUUUCUCAAUAAUUAAAUUCUCUCAGUCAGUUAGUAUAUGUAUGAACU